CCCUUAAAGCCCCCACAACCAAUCCCCCCCUCCAUUCUUCAUCAACAAUUCCCCUGUUUCUCUCUGUUUCAUCACCACAACAGUUUCUUUUCCUUUCCUUCACUUUCUCUGCAAACAAACAACAAGAAACCCAAAUCAGAGAUUAUGGGGACUCUAGUGGGACAUGUUGGACCAGGAGUAGCCUUCUUUGUACUUGGUCUCUGGCAACUUUUCAACCACAUCAAGCUCCACUCUCUUAACCCACGAAACUAUACUUCUUCUCCAUGGUUUCCUACCUCAAAAUUGAGGUACAUGGAGCUCUAUUUUAUCAUGCUUGGGAGUUCAAUUUCUAUAGCCAUGGAGUUGAUCAUUGGCCCUGCAGCUCACAACCCAUUUGACAAUGACUGGACCAUACCAUCAAACCAUCUCCACAACUUUGAACAUGCUUCAAUCUCAAUGACUUUAUUUGUCUAUGCAAUCUUUGCUCUUGUUCUCGACAAAAUUGGCCCAAAAUCAGCCCAAUAUGGCCUAACUCUAUUGAUUGCAUCCAUAGCUUUUGCCCAACAAUUGCUUCUCUUCCAUCUACACUCAGCUGAUCACAUGGGUGUUGAAGGCCAAUACCACUGGCUUCUUCAGCUUGUAAUCUUUGUUUCACUAUCAACAACCCUUAUUGGGAUUGCUACACCACAGAGUUUCUUGGUUAGCUUUGUGAGGUCUUUGAGUAUUCUGUUCCAAGGAGUUUGGUUUAUUGUGAUGGGUUACAUGCUUUGGACACCAAGUUUGGUCCCAAAAGGUUGCUUCAUUAACAAUGAAGAGGGUCAUCAAGUGUUAAGAUGUAGAAGUGAAGAAGCACUUCACAGGGCCAAAUCAUUGGUCAAUAUUGAAUUCAGUUGGUUCUUGGUGCUGAUUACAGUUCUGGGUGUGGGUUUCUAUUUGGUUUUGGUGAGAAUUUAUGGGGAGAAAGUCGAGUACUCAACAUUGAGAAAGGAAGAAGAAGAAGAAGAAGAGGCAGAUGUUGAAUCACAGAAGAAACCAAGUAAACUUGAUGUGGCCAGGAGUUUUAUUCAAAUGGGUCAAGCAUUUGGGCCAAUUGACAUGGAAAGGUGAAAUUAAUUAAUUAAGUGGUAGAUGUGAUUAGGUGUUUGUCUACAAAAUUUAAUUAAAAAAGGCUGACAAAGAUGUUGGCUUAAUCAUGAAAGCAAAGAAAAUUGUAUGAAUUUGUUGUGAACUGUUUGGCAAUAAUGGUCUUUAUUACAUAGGGUGAGUCCAUGGUGUGUUUGAGAUAUGAAUUUAUUUGUAUUCAUAAAGUAGGUAAAUAAAAGAGAGUUUGUUUAUUAUAUAUUUGACAUCUUAAAACAACCAAA